AUGGAUAUUUUGGUUUCAGGGCAGUUGAGAUCACCGCGUAUAACGGAACAUCCUUCGGAUAUAAUAGUGGCCAAGAAUGAACCGGUAACGUUGAAUUGCAAGGCGGAAGGUAAACCUCAGCCGGUGAUCGAGUGGUACAAGGACGGUGAACUGGUUCAAACAUCACCGGGAGAUGCAAAGUCUCAUCGCGUUCUUCUUCCUACGGGAUCUCUGUUCUUCUUACGAGUGAUGCACGGAAAGAAGGAACAAGACGGCGGAGUUUACUGGUGCGUUGCGAGAAAUCAAGCAGGCUCCGUUCCGAGUCGCAAUGCAACGCUAACUGUCGCAGGUAAGUACGUUGCCGCGUUUCUUUCGUUCGAGACGGCAUCCUACCUCGUUUCGUUACCUCUUCCUUCCAGUAGUCGACCGAUCGAGUCGCAAAUGUCAAAUCCGACUCGAUCCGACUCGACGCUCUGUCACGCUCUCUGCGACCAACGAAUCUCUCCACGACUUGAAACGCACUUGAUAACGCACGCGUGACAAAUAACGCGCGCGCGCUGCGUAUAGCGCUAGGAACGAAAUAAAUUGCAAGAUCUUGAUUUCUACGAAAUGAAGAACGAGUCGAUUACGUUCGGACAAACGGAGGAGGACGAAGCCGAGUUUGUUUAA